AUGACUGAUUCCAAAUACGUUAUCAUUGGAGCUGGGAUCUCUGGUCUCUACACUGCUUGGUCUCUGAUUGAUAAGGGGACUGGGCCAAGCGAUAUUAAAGUGGUUGCUGAAUUCCUCCCUGGAGACCAGUCCACUUUGUAUACAUCGCCCUGGGCCGGGGGAAACUUUUCACUGAUUACUUCAACUGAUGAGCGCAGCAUGAAGUUUGACAAGUUUACUUACACCAAUUUGCACCGUAUCCAAGAGUUACUAGGUGGUCCCGAGUGUGGAUUAGACAUGCUUCCCUCCACAGAAAUGUUUGAGCAGGAACUCGACCACGCCAAGUUAGACAGUAUUUCCCAGUACUUGAAGGAGUACCGUCCAAUGACUAAGGAGGAAAUGCCAGAAGGUGUUGUUUCCGGUGUUAAAUUUCUAACUUGGAAUUUCAAUUGUCCACUCUUCUUAGCCAACUUCCAAAAACAUUUGGCUGCAAUUGGGGUCACCUUCGAGCGUUCGAAGAUUGAUCACAUUAGCUCUGUCUUUUCUCCCUCUGUGGACGCCGUAUUCAAUUGUACUGGAAUUGGUGCUGCUUCUUUAGGUGGGGUCAAAGAUGAGAAUGUCUUUCCCACACGAGGACAAGUAGUUGUAGUAAGAGCUCCACAUAUCAGGGAAAACAGAUUCAGGUGGAGGCCUGAUUCAGACACAUAUGUGAUCCCAAGACCCUUCUCCGACGGUUCGAUUGUCAUGGGUGGCUUCUUCCAGGAAGGAAACUGGAGUGGAAAUACAUAUGGAUAUGAGACCGAAGAUAUUCUGAAAAGGGGCUUGGAGCUCUACCCUGAGAUCGGCAAAAGAAAUGAGCUGAAAAUCAUUAGAGAGGCGGCCGGACUGAGGCCCAGCAGAAAAGGAGGUGUCCGAAUUGAAGUCGAACACUUUGAUCAGGUCAACGGAAAAGAUAGAUAUAUCGUUCACAAUUAUGGGGCUUCUGGAUAUGGAUACCAAUCAGGGCUAGGAAUGGCCAAUGAGGCUACAGAUAUGUAUUUUGAAGCUGCCAAAUGA